AUGGGAGGCUCCUCCCCAGCUUGCUCCUGGGGCUUCAUAGCUGAGAGCAAGCAAAACUUGGGGGCAUCCAAACCUGAAGCCUCCGGACUUGGACCUGCAGCAGUCAAGGAGACAGAGGGAAAACUAGAGGGGGAAGAGCACCUUGUAGACUCUGUCAGUGAGUGUGAUGGAGGAGAGAGCACGCAGCCUGCGUUCCACAUGCUGAUCAUAAAAGAUGGGUCUGAGAGCAGCCUUGAAACAGGAGAGAAGGCUGAGCCUGUAAAGAAGGAAGAAGGAAAUGGAAGCUAUUGCAUGGUGCAGGUUGCUCAGUCACCCACCAGGCCCCAACUUGCCCUGGACUGUCAGCUUAACUUUACCACCAUGUGUGGGCAGUUGCCCCCUUUCUUUGGUGACACUGGCUCUGUGCUUUCAGCCCCAGGAGAUAUGUUUGCCCAGGAACCCCCAAACCAGCCAGGGUGCCAUAAACAAGCAGAGAAGUAUUACCCUGACAAGAUAGAAAAGGUGACCAAGAAAAAGAAAAUUGUUGGCAGCUCCAAGAAGGCAGCCAAAGUUGUAUCAGGCAAUCUCUACAGCCAUGUGCAGUUCCCAGAUGUGGACCCAAACCUGAGCCUCAGCAAUGCCACCCGUAGAUCAACCAGAUGUGCUAUAGCCAGCACUGAAUCUCAGGAGCUCCACAAGGGACCUGCAGUCCAGGAAACUGGAAGUGCCCAGGAUGCAGUCAAGGAGAGAAAAGGGCCACCUGAGAAUCCAGAAGUCCUGCCACCUGUCAGGAAGAAAACACGCACCUUCUACAGUACAGAGCAGCUAGAGGAGCUGGAGAAGAUGUUCCAGGAAGACCAUUACCCUGACAACGAGAAGAGGAAGGAGAUUGCUGCUGUGAUUGGUGUGACACCACAGCGCAUCAUGGUCUGGUUUCAGAACCGCAGAGCAAAGUGGAGGAAAAUGGAGAAACUGACUGUGAAAGAGACCAAGAAAUGCCCAGCACUAGCAACAACUCUGUCAGCUCCAACAGGGUCAGACACUUAUGGAUCAUCUCUUCUGCCUAUGCCUCCACUGCCUAACAUCACUCAUGACCAGUCUGCCAUGCUCAACAUGGAUACUACAGCUGGGACCAAUCCUAGCAUGCUCAGUGGGCAGCCUGCUCCAUUUGUCUCCUCCACAGUCUCUUCAGUUACUGGAGUGGUGGCACCUUAUGAAACAGUCCAGACAAAAGCCCUAUCCCAAGGGAGCUUCAGUUCCAGCAGGAUGGAGUGCUUUCCCACAAUUCUCAGCCCACCACCUAUUCGCAGGGCCAGUCUCCCUCUCAGUCUGACCUUCAAUCCAAACAACCAUAUUGUUCCUUUGAUGCUGGACACUCCCAAGAGUGAAUGCAGCCCCUCCAGCCAAAAAAACAGUUCCAGGGAGGCCUUCACUUACACCUUCCAGAGUCAAGGGGUCAACUCCCCAUCAUCCUGCAGCUACCUUGACCAGAUGGAGCCUAGAGCCAACCUGGAGACCCCAUAUUACCAGUACAGUAACCAGUCUGGAAAUUAUCCGCUGCCCCAGUACCCCCAGCAGCACCAGGUCUCCCAGUACCACCGCUUUCCAGUCCACCUGGCCAGUGACAUGCUUCCCAGUGUCCGCCUCAUGUCAGCUACACCUAGCGAGUCCAAUCCAGCUUUCUUCAGCUUGGGUGGCAGUGGUGGGAUUGUGACCUAUGGUGCAGCGGGUGUCCCCCGAGGGUAUCUGCAGAACCAUGUAGGGGAACAGUUCCUUUUACAGCAGCCAGGAGGGAGCUCAGGAGGUAUCUCAGCCUACCAGGCCAUCUCUUGGAAUGACUACUACAUGCAGGGCCCCCCUUUCUCCAGUCAGCUGUGCUCACAAGUCCCAUUUUCCGGCAUGGCGGGAGGAACUUAUGCUACAGAGCAGGUUCCUUACACUCAGACCUCAAGCAUGCAGCCAGCUCCCUGUUUUCUCCAGAUGCCCAAUGGAGCAUCAGGAUCUGUGGUAUUUACUGGAAAAGAAAAGGCACCAGCAACACCUGACCAGACUUCAUAUCAAAACCACCCAGCCGAACCAGAACUGCCAACCCCAGCUGAGAGAGAGGACUCAAAUAUUGACAGCAGCAGCAGUAGCCCCAAACAAGAGGAAUGUGCUCCUGAUGUCAAAGAUGAAACUAAAGAUUGACUCUGAGGAAAAACAAAGAGAAGAGAAAAGUAUAUUGUUUAUUACUAAUAUUUAAACUCUGCAAAAUGUGAGAGAGAAAAGAAGAAUUAAUAUUUGCAAGGGAGGUGCAUUUUUUUUAUUGGUU